AUGCCUAAAAAUUUGAAGCAAACAAAAAAUAAACGAAAUAAACCGUUUAUUAUUGGUUCAAAUAACGAUCCCAUGUUGAAUAUAGAAUCCAAUAUUAUCAGUUCUAAUAUUGUUCUCGUUGAACUCAAGCCGAGUUUCCCUCCUACUUUGACAACAGAAGAACUCAUUAAGAAUGCUAUUAAAUCCAACGCAUCCAACAACAGUAAGAUUAAAACGCUCCCAAACGCUUUUAUCGCGUAUAGAAUGGCAUUACAAAAGGAAUAUUAUAAGAAUAUCAUUAAAUUACCUCCAAUGGGUCAGUUAUCAAUAAUCGCAAAAAAUUCUUGGGAUAAAGAAUCACAAGAUGUAAAAAAUUUUUACAAUAAUCUAGCUAAGGAAGCUAGAUUUUUGUAUAAGCAAAACACUUUUCAAAUCAUAUUUGAUAAACGAAUGAAUGAAGUUGAAAAUGACCAAGGAAUCGGGCAGGUUGCACCUUUGCAUGUGACAGGUGAAAUUUUUGCGACAGAUUUGGGUUAUGCCAAUAGUACCCAAACUAAAGAUGUUGAGACUAUGUUCGAUGUUCAAAACUCAUCAAAUGGAUCUCUUAAAAUUGAGGAUUCUACUGUCGAUUCUAUGGAUUCUUGUUUUAAUAAUGGUUCGACUAGCAUUUCUCAAGUUGGAACUUAUCCCAAUCAUAACUUUUUAGAAGAUCCUAACGAUCAUGA